AUGGAAACUGGGAUUCUUUUACCUCAUAUAUCUGAAAAGAAGUCAAAGAAGUCGAAGACCACUGAUGUUCGGUCUUCGGAUACAAAAGUCAAGUCUUUAAAGAAAAUGAAGCAGGUUCCUGUGAUUGAACCUAAGCCAAUUCAGCUAGAGCCGGUUAUUCCUGAUACCCAGGUCACUGAAAAGGAAGUCAUUCCUUCGAAGGCUGGUGUAUUCAAACGAAUUAAGAUGAAGUCGAAGAGAAGCGAAGAUCAUCAGAGAAUGGUUGUUGACAUGGCUAAGCAUAUUUCUAAGAAGAAGAAGCAUAAGUUGAUUCUCUCUUCUGAUUCUACAGCUGAUGAGAUAGAAGUUAUUCCAGAGACUCCAGAACCAGUUCUUAUCAACGAACCCUUUAAAGUUGAUACUUUAGUGACUCAACCACCCGAAGUUUAG